AAAAUAUAAAAACUUUAGAGGUAUUUUAUUGAAAUGAGGAUUCUAAAGGUUUAGCUUUAUUUAUUGAAAUGCAGCAUAAUCUGCGGUCCUUAUUUUUAAAUUUUAUUGACAAUAAAAACAAAUACCCACUAUUAAGUAAUGUGGUGAAGAAAAAGGCUGCCACGUUAAAAACAUUAAUGACAACACCGCUUAUCGAUCCCGGUUCAUUUUUAAGUUUAAUAAAUCUACAACAUUUGGAGCUUAUUAAUCAUGAUGGAAAUGAACCCUAUAACUGUUAUAAGAAUGUAGACUGGAAACAAUGGGAAGAUUGUUUAGACAAAGCUUCUUUUCCAAACCUUCGAAUCUUUGAAGCUACACUUAUACCAAGUAGUAUUGAAUGCUUAAUAAUUGAAAAAUCAGAUAAGAGCAUUAUUGAAAUCGAUAUAUGUUAUUCAAGAGAAUUUCAAGAUUAUCGGGCAAAAAAUUUAAAUUUAAUUAUUAUAAUAUCAAAAUAUUGUCCAAAUUUAAGAAGUUUAAAUUUGGAUAUUGACCCCGGAAAUCUUUGUGAAAUCAAUAGGAUCUUUUCUAAUUGCACAGUUUUAGAAAAAUUAUCCUUUAAUAUAAAUGUUUCAACACUUUCCGACGAUGGAGACUACUUAUUAGAAAUAAUAAGUAAUAAGUCUCCUUUAUCCUUACGAGAAUUCUCUGGGGAUGAUUGGAAUUUCUCAAAAGAUGGUUUAGAAGCAUUUUUUAAUUGUUGGAAAUGUAAAAAAAGGAAUCCUAUUAAAUUUACUCAUCGUUAUAUGGAUUUAUGGCAUGAUGAUCAAAAAAAUGUGGUGUCAAAAUAUAUGAAAGAAGGUGUAAUUAAAUUAUAA